GUCAGUGAAAACAUUAACCCAAAGAGAAGCUCAGCAAUGGAAAUUGUUGAAAAACUGCAAAACCCUAACAAUGGAGGUGAAAUUAAACUCAAUCCCACAUCAAAUUCAAAGCCAAAAGUAGUAGUAAUAAUGGGAGCAACAGGUUCUGGAAAAUCAAAACUUGCUAUUGAUUUGGCUUCUUACUUCCCUAUUGAAAUCAUCAACGCUGAUUCUAUGCAGGUUUAUCAAGGAUUGGAUGUUCUUACUAAUAAAGUUACUCCCCAAGAGCAAAAAGGAGUGCCUCAUCAUCUUCUUGGUACUAUCAACCCCUGUGUUGAAUUUACUGCCAAGGAUUUUCGUGACUCAGCUAUCUCUAUAAUAAAUGAGGUAUGGUCCCGCAAAAGGUUGCCAGUUAUAGUUGGAGGAACAAAUUAUUAUAUUCAGGCUCUUGUGAGCCCAUUCCUUCUUGAUGAUUCUGUUGAAGAUGCAGAGGCUAAUUGCUUAAGCGACUCUCAAGAAGAUGAGCAAUCUGAUCUUGCAGUUGAACUUAUGCGUGAGGAUUAUGAUUGUGCUUACAACCGUCUUAAAGAUAUUGAUCCAGUUGCAGCUAACAGAAUUCAUCCAAAUAAUGGCAGAAAGAUCAACCAAUACCUGAGUCUGUAUGCACGAUUUGGUGUUAUUCCAAGCAAACUUCUUCAAGAGAGGACUGUAGAGAACUGGGGUCAAGUUGAUAAUUCAAGACAUGAUUUUUGCUUCUUAUGCGUGAAUGCAUCACUUUUGACUUUGGAUCCAUUUGUCGAUAGAAGAGUUGAUCACAUGGUUGAUGCUGGUCUACUGAACGAAGUUCUUGACAUCUACAAUAUGAAUGCAGACUAUACAAAAGGCUUGAGGCAGGCCAUUGGUGUUAGGGAAUUCGAGCCGUUUCUUAGGCGUUACAUACUGGAACAUCAAAAACCUUGCGGUGAAUCUCACGAUCAGACACUAAAUGACCAGAUAUUGAAGCAAAAUAUACAGCAUAUUGUGGAUUCCCCUGAUGAUAAUGAAUGGAAAGCUCUUCUAACUGAAGCGAUUCAACAAGUCAAAUUGAACACACGGAGACUAGUUCGACGUCAAAGGAGAAGACUUAAUCGUCUGCAGAUGCUAUAUGGAUGGAACAUACAUUAUGUUGAUGCCACGAAGUCCAUCAUAAGUGGCGCUGAUGAUAUAUGGACAGUAGAAGUGGUGAAACCCUCUGUAGGAAUAAUCAAAUCCUUUCUCACCGGGGAAUCCAGUACAGAAAAUGGCAGCAAUGCUUCUGAAGAAACGAAGAUGAUUCAAAAGGAUCUCUGGACUCAGCAUGUUUGCGAGGCAUGCGGGAAUAAGGUCCUUCGAGGCGCGCAUGAGUGGAAACAGCAUCGACAGGGUCGUGGCCAUCGAAAACGAAUUUCUCGGCUUAACAAGUCUGCAAGCUUGUGUUUGUGAAGCAAAACAUAUGUAUACCACCUCUGCUUAUAGCACACUUCUUUACUUUUACCUUUUGAGUUUCAUAUUACCUAGUUAAAUGAUAUGCAUUCUCACUUGUUAUGA